GUCUCUCACAGUUCGCGACUGGGAUAAGGCCUGGAGCAAAUGGCCCGGGGAUUGAUUCUGCCCUGUCGGUUGCACUUGGGUGCACUCGGGUGGAGAUGUGGCACAGGCGAGAGCCCGAGCUUGGGAUCGCCCCACCCAGGCCAAAGCUCCACCCCAUGCAGCAGCAGCAGCUGCUGCAUCUGCACCUGCCCUGCGGCCCUCGAGACGAUUGGUGCUCCUGCCUCUGUAUUCGUACACGUCCCGCUACCGUCUUGAGCUUGACAGAAAUCUAACGAUAGAGCGGAUGGGCAGGGAAGAGAG